GUAUUGGGUUCAGUAGUAGUAGUAGUUGUAGUACUACUAGUGGUUCAGUCAAUCAAUCCGCUUAUGUAUAGCAAGCAAUAUGUGAGUGUCAGUUGUGGUGUCUGUCUGUGAGAGUGUCUGUGUAUCUGUCAGUAGUGAAAGUCUUUGGUAUAGUAUAUCCAUCCAUACAUACACUCACUCACACACAUAUACACCAACACAACUGGUGUCCGAAAAAAGUGUUGGCAAAUCUCAUCGCACAGUCAGUCAGUCAGUCAGUCAGUCUGUCUGUCUGUCUGUGCACUGACUCAUAGCUUCGCCGCAUCCAUACAUACAUCCCAUUUCUUCAUCUCUUUAUAUAUAUAUUUAUAAUAUACACACAAUUGAGUGCCAAAGUAAUGAUCAGUUGUUGGAUAAGGGAAGGAGAGACCGGCAUUUGAUAGCUCGCGAUGACUGACACUAACCAACAAUUAUUAUGAUUGUGUUAUCCAUUCAUUUGAUUGCAUCCCUAAUCAUCACAUUUUCGUCAUUUGUUUUUUAAAGUUUUUUUUGUUUGUUGAAUGAAGUGUUUCUGAUUUAAAAAGUGAUUGAAAUCAUUGUCUGUAAAAAUGAGUCCAAAAGAAGAAAACAAACCGAAGAAGUCCAAGAAAGGCGAGAAACAAGAGCUCGAAGAUCUCAAACAGGAGGUCGUUAUGGACGAGCAUAAGAUAGGCGUCGAUGAACUGUAUGCACGGCUUAAGACCAAUCCGGAGACCGGUCUGACCAAUGCUCAGGCAAAGGCCGUACUCGAAAGGGACGGACCAAACAGUUUGACACCACCGAAGAAAACACCCGAAUGGGUCAAGUUUUGUAAGCAAUUGUUCGGCGGAUUUGCACUAUUGUUAUGGAUCGGCGCUGUCCUCUGUUUUCUCGCCUAUUCUAUACAAGCGACCACUUUUGAAGAACCGCAACCCGACAAUUUGUAUUUGGGUAUUGUAUUGGCCGGAGUUGUCAUCAUCACUGGUUGCUUCUCCUACUAUCAAGAGGCCAAGUCAUCAGCUAUAAUGGAGUCAUUUAAGAAUAUGGUUCCUCAAUACGCGACUGUCAUACGUGAGGGACACAAGAAUAUUAUUCCAGCGGAAGAAGUGGUUUUGGGUGACAUUGUCGAAGUCAAAGGUGGUGAUCGAGUACCCGCUGAUAUACGGGUUGUUAAAGCACAUGGAUGUAAAGUUGACAACUCAUCGCUCACUGGAGAGUCUGAACCUCAAACCAGAUCUCCUGAUUUAACUCAUGAUAAUCCAUUAGAAACUCGCAAUUUAGCUUUUUUCUCGACUAAUUGUGUUGAGGGCACCGGUCAGGGAGUUGUUAUUAAUACCGGCGACCGUACUAUUAUGGGUCGCAUUGCAAAUUUGGCCUCUGGUCUAGAAAUGGGUGAAACACCGAUUGCCCGCGAGAUCGAGCAUUUUAUUCAUAUAAUCACUGGAGUGGCUGUUUUUCUUGGCGUCACUUUUUUCAUAAUCUCAUUUAUAUUGGGUUACCAUUGGUUGGAUGCCGUUAUAUUUCUCAUAGGUAUUAUUGUUGCCAAUGUACCCGAAGGUCUGUUAGCUACAGUCACUGUUUGUUUAACAUUAACUGCCAAACGUAUGGCCAGUAAAAAUUGUUUGGUCAAGAAUUUGGAAGCGGUUGAGACAUUGGGCUCGACAUCUACCAUAUGCUCAGACAAAACGGGAACUUUAACUCAGAAUCGGAUGACUGUCGCUCACAUGUGGUUUGACAAUCACAUCAUUGAAGCCGAUACUACUGAAGAUCAAACCGGUGUUCAAUACGACAAGACAUCUACCGGUUGGAAGGCAUUGAGUCGGGCCUGUUGUCUAUGCAGUAGAGCUGAGUUUAAAGCCGGUCAGGAAAAUCUACCUAUCCUUAAAAGGGACUGUGCUGGAGAUGCCUCAGAGUCAGCAAUACUGAAAUGUAUGGAAAUAGCGAUCGGAAACGUUGAAUCAUUUCGCCGAAAGUGUGCCAAAGUAUGCGAAAUACCAUUCAAUUCAACCAACAAAUAUCACGUAACUAUUCACGAAACGGACGACUCGACCGAUUCGUGUUAUCUGUUAUGUAUGAAAGGAGCGCCCGAACGCAUACUCGACCGGUGCAGUACUAUCUUCAUCAAUGGUCAGGAAAAGAUAUUAGACGAAGAUAUGCGCGACGCUUUCAAUGCAGCUUAUCUAGAGUUGGGCGGUCUCGGCGAACGUGUUAUCGGCUUUUGUGACUAUAAAUUACCAAUUGAUAGGUACCCGUCUGGUUAUCCCUUUGAUCCCGAUGAGGGAAACUUUCCGUUAGAUAAUCUAAGAUUUUUAGGACUCGUUUCAAUGAUAGAUCCUCCCCGGGCAGCAGUGCCCGAUGCUGUAGCUAAGUGUAGAAGCGCUGGCAUCAAAGUAAUUAUGGUAACGGGUGAUCAUCCUAUCACUGCUAAAGCCAUUGCCAAAGCUGUGGGUAUUAUAUCGGAGGGAACCGAAACACUUGAAGAUAUUGCACUCAGAUUAAGCAUUCCUGUAGAAGAUGUAAAUCCACGCGACGCUAAAGCAGCUGUAGUUCACGGACAAGAACUUAAAGAUAUGAAAGAGGAUCAGUUGGAUGAGAUUCUUAGGUAUCACACAGAAAUAGUCUUUGCCCGGACAUCACCACAACAAAAGUUGUUUAUAGUUGAGGGCUGUCAACGUCAGGGCGCUAUCGUUGCCGUUACUGGCGAUGGCGUCAAUGACUCGCCUGCACUCAAAAAGGCUGACAUUGGAGUGGCGAUGGGUAUCGCCGGCUCUGAUGUAUCCAAACAGGCGGCGGACAUGAUUUUAUUAGACGAUAAUUUUGCGUCAAUUGUUACGGGAGUUGAAGAGGGAAGACUGAUAUUUGAUAAUUUAAAAAAGUCUAUCGCAUACACACUGACCAGUAAUAUACCAGAAAUAUCUCCGUUUUUAUUUUUUAUUAUAUUCAACGUUCCUCUACCAUUGGGAACCGUUACCAUUCUAUGUAUUGAUUUGGGCACUGAUAUGGUUCCGGCCAUAUCAUUAGCAUACGAACAGGCAGAGAGUGAUAUAAUGAAACGUCAACCACGAGAUCCUAAGAAAGAUAAAUUAGUUAAUGAAAGACUUAUAUCUGUUUCUUAUGGCCAAAUCGGUAUGAUUCAGGCGGCCGCAGGAUUUUAUGCUUAUUUUGUAAUACUCGCUGAAUCGGGAUUUAAAUCGGACCACUUGUUUGGACUAAGAGAGCGGUGGGACUCUAAAGCUGUUAAUGAUUUAGAGGAUUCCUAUGGACAGGAAUGGACAUAUAAAGCACGUAAAGAGGUUGAGUACACGUGUCACACGGCUUUUUUUGUGUCCAUUGUGGUCGUCCAAUGGGCUGAUCUCAUAAUUUGUAAAACUAGACGCAACUCAAUAAUUCAUCAGGGAAUGAAGAAUCAUGUAUUAAAUUUUGGUCUAAUAUUUGAGACCUGUUUGGCAGCGUUUCUCUCAUAUUGUCCCGGAAUGCCUUUACUAUUGAGAUUAUAUCCAUUAAAGUUAACCUGGUGGUUUCCAGCAAUUCCUUUUUCAAUAUUAAUUUUUCUUUACGAUGAAUGUCGAAGAUUUAUAUUGAGGCGAAAUCCCGGCGGUUGGAUUGAAUUAGAGACUUACUAUUAACUAUAUAUUAAUAGAGACUUAUUAUUAUUAUUAUUAUU